AUGGUUUUUGCAAGGUGGAUUGCAGUUGCAUGGCUAGAGGUGUUUAGAGGGAGACCCAACAUCAAAAGUGCUGAGAUAAAGGAAGGUAUAAAAAAUCAAUUUCAAGUAGACAUUUCCCUAGACAAAGCCUUUAGGGCUAGGCAGAUUGCAUUGGAAAUGCUUAAAGGAAGGUUUGCCUAUCAGUUUGAAAGAGCUAAAGAUUAUUGUGAAGAGUUGAAAGUUUCUAAUCCGGGCACUACAGCCAAAAUUAAUCUACACACACCCACACUGCACUUCAAGAGAAUGUAUGUGUGCCUAGCUGCUUGUAGAACUAGAUUUUUGGAGGAAUGUAGGCCAAUUAUUAGUCUUGACGCUUGUCAUUUAAAAGGGUUUUUGAAGGGGCAACUAUUGGCAGCCGUUGGGAUUGAUGGGAAUGACGGGAUGUACCCAAUAGCAUUUGCUGUUUGUGAGGGUGAGACCAAGGCUAGUUGGUCAUGGUUUCUGGAGUUGUUGUUAGCUGAUAUUGGUCCUGUGAGAGAACGUGGUUGGACCUUUACUUCUGACCAACAGAAGGGCUUACUUUCUGCUCUUGCAACAGUUGCUCCUGAAGCACAUACAAGGUUCUGUGUUAGGCAUUUAUAUGCCAACUUCAAGAAGGAUCACAAGGGUAAACUAUUGAAGGAUUUAAUGUGGGCAGCAGCAAGAGAGACCACCAAACCUGGGUUUGAGGCAAAGAUGGAGAUGAUGAGAAAUGUAGAUAUCAAUGCUUAUGGGCAUUUGAUGGGUAUUGAUUGUGCACAUUGGAGUAGACAUGCUUUUAGUACUUGGCCUAAGUGUGACAUGUUGUUGAACAACCUUUGUGAGUCAUUUAAUUCCAAGAUAAUUGAUGCUAGGGAUAAGUCCAUAUUGACCAUGUGUGAGAUGAUUAGGAGGUAUCUUAUGAAAAGGAUCCCAAGAAAUAGGGAUACAAUGUUGAAGAAGUCUGGCCCAAUUUGUCCUAGGAUUCAAGAUAAAUUAGAAGUUAACAAGGAAGCAACUAGGGAUUGCACAUCUACAUGGUCUGGUGGAUCAAAGUUUGAAGUGCAUUGUAAGGGAAAGCAGUUUGUAGUUGAUUUGGAUAAGCAUACAUGUGCUUACUAUAGAUGGGAUUUAACGGGCAUCCCUUGUAAGCAUGCGAUUUCAGCAAUUGCUUACAAGAAAGAAAAAGCAGAAAAUUAUGUGCAUCACUACUACAAGGUUGAGACUUACCUUAGAACUUACUCACAUCUUAUCCAGCCUACCAAUGGUGAGGAGUUUUGGCCAAAGGUAGCAAGUGAUAAGAUUCUGCCUCCAAAGAUGCUAGUAUAG